AUGAAAAAGUCAAGGCAGCUUGAGAAGGACGACCAUAACCAAAGAGCGGCCACCAGCUCUUCCUCACAGAUCCCGUCCCAGUUUGCAGAAGAAGCAAUUUUUGCAGCAGCAAGUUUUUGGACGGUGGAGGCCGCAUUUGGGCGUGUAGAUGGAGUUUUAAGAACAUCAACUGGUUACUUUGGGGGCAUCCGGAGGAAGCCUACCUACAGAGAAGUGCAAAAUGUCUCUAAUGCGAACACAGGCCACACAGAGGCAGUGAAGAUUGUUUAUGACAAAAGAAGCGUCUCAUUUACAUCCCUUUGUGAGGUUUUCUGGGAUACACACGAUCCCACAAGCAAAGAGUUUCUGCAAUUUGGACUUAGCACACAUCUUAGAUCUGCAAUAUUUUACGCCAAUGAAGGAGAGAGAAAGGAAGCUAUGCAAUCAAAGGUCAGAAGGCAAAUGAAACUCAACAGAAGAAUAGUCACGGCGAUUCUUCCGGGUCAUUCCUUAGAAUUUUUCCUUGCUGAGAAUUUCCAUCAAAAGUACUAUUUGCAGAAACGCCACAUUAGACUUUGUGAAUGUCUCAAUCUGAGGAGCACGGAGCAAUUUGUAGACUCACAUGUUGCCUGCAAACUCAACGGUUAUUUGGGAGGAGAUCCUGCUAACGUUGACGAAAACAAAGAACAGCUGCAGAGAUUGAUAGAUGGUAAUGAUAUUUCUCUGGACGCAAAGAAUAUGUUGGACGCUGUUUUUUUUAAAAAAACGCGUAUUAUAUGCUGAAAACGUCCGAGUCGAAUAAAACGGAAAUAAGGCGCGUUUUUUUCAAAAAUUCAGCGGUGAGCGUUCUUUAUACGCGUCUUUUCCGUUUUUUAAAAGCGUGCGAAUGGCAUGGCAUGUAAUAUUUAUAAAAUAUUUGGUUUCUUUUAAAUUUGAUCGCUCCUUUUAAUGGCAGAAACGUAUUUUUUGAUAAGAAUAAGAAAAGGAGUUAACUUAAAAGAAAAGUUAAAAUCUAUCCCUUUCCCCCUCGCGAUUACUUCCUCCUCCUAGUGUCUCCUCCUUCAGUCGACCGUUUCUCUCUGCUGAUUCAAAGACCACGUGAAGAGGAAGUCGCCGGACCGACGAGCGGUGGUGAGGGCGGUCGAUGGGAAGCUGACGGGAAUCGCUGAAGAUUUUUUCAGCGGUGAGCGUUCUUCAGUCUUCACUCGACCUCAGGCAUUCGACAAAGGCCAGCGGGCGUUGCGGUGAUUUUGGGCAAAAUCAGCACAUAGAGGCCACCUAAUCUUAUGCUUGCUUUUUUUUUUUUGCAGUUGGUUAAACCUUUUUAUGUUUCCCCUUUAGUUUUCCUCCUUUUUUUUGUUGCAUUUGAUGCUAUCGUAUUAUGUUUUUUAAAACCUGCCUUACCUGAGCCUGUAAAUUUUGUAUCGUUAAUCUGCCUUACGUUUCUCUCUUAGUUUCCACAUUUUAUCGUUGCCCUCUUGCUUAGGUUUGAUGCUUUAAAACCUGCCGAUUUUACUUAAUGCUGUGAAUAAUGUGAUGGGUUACGAGUCUUACGACUUACGAGUAUGAAUUUUGUUAUUUUAUUUUAUUUUUUGAAAUCAAAUAUAUAUAAAUUUUUCAAAUUACUAAAAUCAUGGUAUCAUCUUUGCCCUAUCGGAACCCUAUCCGAACCCUCACAAUAUCCGAACCCUUACUUUUGUGAUGAAUGCUCGAGCCUUUGCAAAUUUUUCAAUAGUUUUUUUAUUUAUUUCUCAUUUACUUUUAUUUUUAUAUAAUUAUCAGGAUUUUUUAUUUAUUUUUAAAAAUUUACCAUCUUUUUUCCGUUUUAUUCUUGAGAUUUAUAAUUUUACCGAAUUAUACCCGUACCCGAGAUUUGUGACAAUGGUUGGAGCUCAUCCUUCACAGCUUGAGCGGAAGCUGGUUUAUGCUUCUUCCAGCAGGAAACGAUCUUCUUCUGCAAUUUAUGGAGGAUAGAUGAGGCUAUUUCUUUUCCAGUGGGGUAUACUGUAAUGAUGAAGAAAAUGAAAGCGAUGACGGAACUUGUCGAGAAGUUGACUUUGCAAUACUUAUUUUAGUCAGUUGACUUUCUCUUCUUUCAAAGGCAUGACAUUGCCCUCCUUUUCAUCCUUUAGUCAAAGUGAUUUGAUUGCUUUUCCAAUGAGAGGGUACA